AUGUCGGGAGCAGAUUUUCCCCCACCACCACGCCAUUUCGCCAUUUCGCCGUCUCUCCUCCUCCGACCCACCGUCGUCGCCGUUUCACCGUCCUCCCAUUUUGCCAUUUCACCGUCCUCCGACGCACACCGUCUCCCUCCUACGCCCACCGCUGCCGCGACGCCGUCUCCCUCCUACGUCCCACUUCGUCGUCUCUCCUCCGACGCCCACCGUCAACGGCUCACCUUCACAACUCUUCGCUCGCCGUUUCAACUUGGCGGCGCUAUGGCGGUUUUUCUGUUUGCUGCAAUGGUGUAUUUUCUGGACGGUGAAUCUAUUUUAGAAGAAACUUUAUCUCACUUUACUUCUUUAAGUCCAAGGAAGAGGAAGAAGGUUCUUAGACUAUGUCUCCUUGAAUUUCUGUUCCAAUACUGA